CUGCAACUUACUGAAUCCACGAAGAAGAAUGGUGUGAACAAGGAAGUUGAGAUCUUUUACAGGAAGCUAGCGUAAGCUGCUUUUUGUUUUGUUUUGUCUUUGUUUUUCUGUAACAGAUUGGUGGUUAGUUUUCGUCCUAUCAGUUAACUAAAUUAUUAAAUAUUCUUUAGUUAGUUUAGUUUGCCUCUUUUAAGUUUAUUUUUGCACGACGCGCGGCGACUUUUGACGUUAGCCGUGAGAUAGCUUCAGACGCUAAUAACAUAGCGAAACAGGCCUGAAAGCCAUCUGUCCAUUGUGUUCCCGUCAGUCAGAUACUGGACCGGAUUUUAUCAACAGGAUACUUGUUUUCGGUUUCGCCUCGUUCGGACACAUUAGACACCGCAGGUACGGCCGCUGCCACCCUCCCGUUAGCUCUGCUGGUAUUGUUGUUGGUCAGUCGAUUGACCUCAUCGUUGUACAGGGAGCAGUUAGUGCAGCCACUUCCCUGACAGUAAAGGGACUCACUACCGCAGACCAGAAGGCGACUGGAUGACCAUGUAUGCCCCGCCGGGUUCGAGUGUUCCGGGAGGCCGGAGAAGGAGAGCGGGCACCUCCCUACCCAAGCAGCCGGAGCGGAGCCUGGUGUCGGCUCUUCCUGGAGCUUUGUCCAUCACCGCGCUGUGCACGGCUCUGGCGGAACCGGCCUGGCUCCGGGUUCAUGGAGGCACCUGUCCCAGACAAGAGCUGGGGGUGGCAGAUGUGCUGGGAUACAUUGACCCCAAGCUUCUGGACGAUUACUGUGUGAACCCACAGACCAUACUGCUGAUGAGGGUGAUCGCUGCCUUCUGCUUCCUGGGCAUCCUGUGCAGCCUGACUGCUUUCCUCCUGGAUGUGUUCGGACCCAAACACCCUGCGCUGAAGAUAACACGCAGAUAUGCAUUUGCACAUAUUCUCACAGUGUUGCAGUGUGCCACGGUGAUUGGCUUCUGCUACUGGGCCUCGGAGCUCAUCUUGUCACUACAGCAGCAGCACAAAAAGUACCACGGCUCCCUCAUAUACGUCACUUUCGCCAUCAGUUUUUACCUGGUUGCGGGCGCAGGUGGAGCCUCUAUCCUUGCGACAGCUGCCAAUCUCUUGCGCCACUACCCCACAGAGGAGGAGGAGCAGGCUUUAGAGCUGCUCUCUGAGAUGGAGGACAGCAGUGAAACAUUUCCUGCUGAUUAUGACAUUGCCAAUCAGUUUCAGCCACCGCCUGCAUACACGCCCUAAUGCCGCAGGACUGGCCCCUCUAACAUGCGCUUCUCUUUCAGCACGGCUUUUGGCUUGAUGGGCGAACCCCGCUCUUAUCAAAGGGGUAUCUUUGCAAACAAGCCGGAACGCGGUGUGUUGCACUGUUAGUGCAGAAACGGUUUGACUGACAGUGCAUGAAAGUUGUCUUUAGUGGUGGCAGAAAUUUAGGAGAUGAUUCUCUCUUUAACCACUGAGGUUGUUCGUAAUUUGCAUGUAAAUGGCUUUCAGGAUUUGGUCCUUACAUUUAAAGCAAACUUAACUGCAAGGAGGGCUCAACUUACCUCACCACAAGUAAUUGAUGAAACAGCCGCAGACCGAUUAAUGCCAUUUAUUGAAUCUCUUCUUUGGACAUGGAUGGAGCUCUUUUAAGCAUUGAAUUGAUUUAACUUUUUAAGCUUUGCCAUAUGUAUGAUUUUAUUUGACUGAUUCAUCUAAAAUGUAGAAAAACAGAGAAGAUUGUUUGAGACUUUUUUGCUUUUUUUAUAUAAAAUAUCAAAUUGACUUUAUUUAUUAUUUAGUCGUUUGUGGUGUCUUCUUUACUUUCUUUUGCUUUGCAGACAUCUUUCACUGGUUUAGUCUUAUUUAAUUACAUCUGUACUUGAAGUAACACGAGGAAGUUGUCCAGAAUAUAGACAGAUCUUUGUGGUGUUUUAAAAAGGAUUAUGUGAUGUGUCGUGUGUUUAGAGCUAGCAGCCACAGAAGAAAUGGAGAAACAAUGUUUUGUAUGUUUCCCAAUCGGAGUGAUUCGUAGGAAGUGAAAUCUCACCACCUAAGUUGGUCAUUUCAUGUUCCUUGUAUUUGAUUUAAAAAAGAACCCUUAUUUGUACUUUGUGAUUUCCAUAUGUGACCGUUUCAAUUGUGUUUGCUCUGCAUGUGUGCAGGUUUUAAACCUCUUGUCGGAACACCUCAUCGUGAGGUGCCCGCUGAGGCUUGAAAUUGUGAUUGACGUGAUUCUAGGUGGAUGUAUAUUGUUCUGUUUGCACCAUUUUCUCCAUUUUGCCCCUCGGACCCAUCACUAUACUUUCAUCACCAGUGUGUAAAUAUUGAUCGUUUAUACAUAAAAAGUGGUCAUAAUAAAGUAAAUGCCAAA